AUGCAUUACAAUAGAUAUUACACACAAAAUGAAACUAAGGAGGUAACAGAUACCUCCGAAAUUUCUGGUAUUGGAAAAUCAUUUCCAACUUUGGACGACGAAUCGGAGCGCGUUUGGGACGGAUCGGAGCGCGUUUGGGAGGGAUCGGAGCGCGUUUGGGAGGGAUCGGAGCGCGAUUCGGCCGGCUGUUGCAAAAGUGCACUGCGAGCGGAAGGACGUGUUCUCGUGAACAGAUUUGCAAUUCAUGAGCAAUGUAUGCUACUUUAA